AUGAAGCUGAUUGCUGCAGAAUGUCUCGCCUCAUUAUACUACAAGGAAAUACACUCGCGGCGUGAUCGCGUGGUGAAGUCCUCCUACGGCACAAAUCAGUGGAUUUGGGGAAACCCUGACUUUCGCGAAUGGGACACAGCACGUUCAGACAUCUUGUGGAUUGAAGGCAAGCCAGGCUGUGGUAAAUCGACUCUAGCCAAGGAGAUCCAAUCUCAUUUAGACAAGAAGAACGACAGGCGAGCGAAGAACGAAGCGGCUUUCAAUAUUGCUGGGUUCCAGUCGCCACUGGUUACAGAUCAUUUCUACAGCGCCCGUCAGCAUGCCAUGGGAGUCAGCCACGAACUGAUGCUGCGAUCUCUGCUUUAUCAGAUCUUGCAAGCCGACCCAACCUUAUUUGCGGAGAUUCAAGGCCAAUUUAGGGCGUUACGAGCGGCGUCCAACGGCACGGUCCAAUGGACAUGGGAUGACCUAGAGGGCUCAUUUCAGCGCAUUAAACGCUCACGAGGCAGCAGUCGAAAGAUAUUCUGCAUUCUGGACGCCAUGGACGAGUCGAAGAGCGAUGAACGCAACAUCGAGCAACGGAGCCGCGUCCUGAAGCUGCUUCGAACCCUGUGCUCAGACGAAAAGAGUCAAAAGAGCUCGCCAAUCGCGUUCAAAUUUAUUGUACUCAGCCGUCCAGCCCGGGAUAUUCAACGUGGACUGAAAGGCUGUCGCAAGAUUGAAAUGCACAAGGAAAAUGCUCGUGACAUCAGAGUUCUUGUGGAUCGGGGCCUGAAAUCUCUGCGUGAAUUGAUACGUCAGGAUGACUCGGAGGAAGAUACCGGCAGUGACGACGAUUCGGUCGCCAUCUCGUGGGCGACCACUCUUACGCCCUCGAUAGCCAGCCACUGUAGAUCAAGCUCCGAAGCCUACCUGAAGGGGAAAGCUGCAGCCGACCAGACUGAGGAGCAGCAGAUCCAGGAAAUGAGGAAAUAUCUCAUCGAAAAUGCCGAUGGUGUGAUACUAUGGGUCUUACUCGUCAUCCAAGAGCUCAGCGUGCAAGUUGCCAAAGGUUUCUUCACCUUCAGGAGUCUGAAAGAAAGGCUCACAAAGCUUCCGAUGGAUUUGACUGAGUUCUACGAACAAAUGGUGAAGAAUCUCUGUGACAACAACGACGCAGAUAGCAUCAAGACCGCACGGAAAAUGCUCAUUUGGGUAAGCUUUUCUCAAAGACCACUGAAAAUCAAUGAAUUGUGGGAAGCCGCGACAAUGCCACUGGACACCCCUGUAACAACAUUUGACACACUUGUACAGGCAAGAGCUCACAAGCGAUCACCGACGCAGCUCUGGCUCGGCAUGCUGGAGCUUUGUGGUCCCUUCAUUGAAGUUACUCAUGAGGGUGUGGCCGUUAUAAGCCGAGCCAGCAGCAAGACUAAGAAAGUGCUUGGAAGUGAUACUGUUCAGCUUCUACAUCAGACGGUGAAGGAGUUUCUUGUACGUCCAGAGGCAGGGCCGUUUCGGGUCAAUCCGGAGGAUCCAGGACGAGUGUUUGACGCCUGUCUCAACUAUAUCACGGUUGCAUUACCUGUGCCUGGUCUACCUCAAACUGCAGAUUCAGCUAUGAUUUCUGAUGCCGAUCCCUUCUUUAGGGAUCUUGCUGAAGGACUUGCUGAUCGGCCACUGCUGUCGUACUGUUUGCUGCUCUUGAAGAAGCGUAGUAGCGACUUGUCAGAAAAGGCGUCUGCCUCGUUACUUUCACACGACCCGCAGAUAUGGUUUCUUUUGGCCGAUUGGCCAGGAAUAUUGGCAGUGUGGCUGCCAAAGAAUCAGAUUCCGGGCGCAGACGUACCCUCGAGGAGCAGUGCAUCUGCAACAUCAGUCAGCUACCAGCACGGAUGGCAAAGGGUCGAACAACAUCAUCUGCCCGCAAGUACAUAUGGCUUUCCUCGACAAUGCUACUCCGACUGCGCCCCUUUGGACGACCGAGAAAGGGAGCUGAUGCAAGAAUUCCGCGCCCUUGUCUACGUGGCAGCGUGCCGCCUUGGACAUGAAGGUGUUGUGGACUUACUACUUCACCUUCCGAGGCAUGCCGUGUCGGAUUGCUGUCAAGACAUAAUGGUCAGCGCGCUCACCAGCGCAGCCACUGUCCAAGAUGAAACUCAAGUUGACCUGCUUUGUCGAAGUCCGCUGUUCCGCGAAGUUGGCAACUACGGGCGUCUUCAAAACGCUGUUCUUGCUGCGACUCGAAACAAUGACCUCCGUCUCGUAAAGAUCUUGCUCGACAAUUGGUCUGGCCGGAUAUUCAGCAUCGGAUACCCUUUGCACCUCGCUGCAGGAACUGGCAGUGUGGAACUGGCAGAAUACUUGGCAUGGAAGCUUGUCAACAUCGACUGUCUCGACGGAGACGGUAAAACAGCUUUGGACGUAGCCAAUGCCCGAGGCUGGGAACCCAUGGUCAAAAUGCUACGCUCACUUGGAGCAAAAACAUCUUGCGGCUUGCGGGAGCACACCGAAAAGGCUGAAAAAAUGCGGAGGCUGGCAGGAGAGCUUGCUAAGCCGACCUCUAUGGUACGUUAUCACAAUGGUACGUCUUCAACAGCCGAUGCCCACGAUUACCAAGUACAACCUUUGUCGUAUUACAGUCCUUAUCCCCCAAUUCUGGAUCACCCCCAUGCCCCAGAAGGGCACGCAUACCGACUAUGA